AUGGAGGUUUCCGAGACAAGAAACCUUAUUAAAGAUUUGGAUUUAACUUUACAACCUCGUAUUGUUCCACGGUAUAAAACUUGGCUUCCUCUUGCUACACAACAGUUGAGACUCAGAAACCUUGUACAAAUAAUAGGAUGUAAUUUAAAAACCAAUAUACAUAAUGAAAUAUGUUGGUUUUAUUAUACUUUACAUAGAACAAGUAUGUCAUCUCCUUUGUACACAAGUGAUAUUAUUGACAACGUAAACCCAAAAUGGUCAAGUCUUGAAGUACCAACUAUACAUGCCACCGGUUAUUCUACUGCCAGUGAGGUUAUCAUAAGAUUAUGGAAAAGGACAACUAUGGAUAAUGUAUCGAAUGAUAUGAAUGUAUUUACGUGGGGCAUAUCCUUUACUGGCCUAGCAUAUAUUGGUCCAAAAUUACCGAAUUACUUAGAAACUAUCUUGAAAGAAAAUUCUCUAAUCUUUCAAUUUCAUGGCGGUUACUUUACACCUGUGUAUUGUUUUCUUGAAGCUCCGGAGUUAAAAAGGUACCUGCAUAUACAGGUCAACGCAUCUGAAAUAAGUGACAGCUAUACUGCGAGUAAGCUUAGUAGUUUAAAAAAUAAGAUGCAGGCACUAAAACAACAGACAGAAUCAGUGCAAACUCUCAGAAUACGAAUUGCUUCGGGAGAUAACUUUCACACUCCAAAGUACUCACAGUCAGCGUUAAAUAGACUAUUUCAACCUCGUAAAGUUGAUAGAGAGAAGCGAGCUAAGAUAAUAAAAAUGCGUAUGGAAUUAGAAAUGGCUAGGUUUCGAACAAAAUUAUUAGAACAAGAAAGAACAAGAAAAAUGGGAGAACUAAGAGUAUUGAUUCAAUUGCAUUCUAGUAUCAUGGAAAAGAAUCAAGACUAUGGUUCAGAUUUGAUGGAAAGAUAUAGGGAAUUGAAUAAAGGCAUGGAAAGAUUACACGAAUGGCGGCAGAAUCAAAUAGAUACAAGAGAAACAUAUAUUCAGUUGAGUAACCAACUUGCUCACAGAAGGAAACAAUUAAUUUCAGAACUAAGUUUAAUAUAUCCAAUUACUAAGGAUGGAAAUGGAAAAUUUAGAAUACACGAUGUACAUCUACCCGAUAGCGAGGAUUUAGAAUUGUCAAAUGAUACUGAAGUAGCCGUAGCAUUGGGAUUUGUUGCGCAUACCACACAAAUGAUCGCUAAUUUUCUUAAUAUACCUACUAGAUAUCCUAUUAUUCAUUAUGGAUCACGUAGUAAAGUCAUAGAUCAUAUUAAAGAAAACUUACCUGACAAUGAGAGGCAAUUUCCACUAUUUGCUCGCAGUAAAGAUAAAUUACAGUUUCGUUACGCUGUUUAUUUACUGAAUAAGAAUAUAGCUCAAUUAAGAUGGUACUGCGGCCUUCCAACAACAGAUUUAAGGGCAACUCUUCCAAACUUAGCUACCUUGAUAAACUUUAGGCCAAAUCAAUCAAACUUGGAUAAUUCAAAACGAACAUAUUCUACUUCAUCUUUGGACAUUGACAUUGGCAAUAGCAAACAAAACGUAUCGCUAACACCACCCAUACAAAAAAUAAUUUUCCAAAAAUGCCAUCGAUCUUCGAGAUCCAUGAGUCAGUUGAAGGGUAUAAAAUCGUCGCUUGGUUCUUCUUUGGAUCAAGGUUUAGAUAAGCCAAUACAGUCCCUUGUGUUAAGCAGUCAAUCAAAACGGAUUUGUAAGUCGGAAGAAAGUGCCAUUGACAAUAAAACUUUGGUACUGGCGAAAGACAGGUCGAGUAAUAGUAGUAAUGAAACUUUAAAUAAUGCUAUUUUAAGUAAUAUGAGUAGCAUUAAUGUCGAACACGGCAUUCCAGCGAACAAUGAGAUUGCAAUAGAAAGUAAUAUUGAAAUUAUGAUACCCACAUCAGUUUCUAAGUCAACUCACGCUGCAGAUAGUUUGGAGGGUUUUGAAAGUGUAAGAGAUAGAAGCUCAAAUUCUAUAAGUAGUUGUGAAAUGGCACUCAAUAGUAGUCAAAAUGGAGACGACAGUUCUAAUGAUAAUAAUGUAAUUAAGAAAGAUGCAACUGAAGAAUUCGUUUCAGUUACUAAUGAAGUUUUGAAAAAUGUUAAUGAUGUUGUAGAUAGUGCUCUGAAAAAUGGAACGCAUAGUGAAGAUUACAAGUCCGAAAAUAUUUCGCAAGGUUGUAAUAAUCCUAGAAUGACAAGUAGUGUAACAAAUUAUAAUAUUCAUGAAAGUAUUGCAAUUGCUACUGAAACCUCGACACAUAAUCAGGAACUUUUUGCUAAGUCAUGUUUAUCAUUAGACGACAUAAUAUCGUGUACUUAUGAAGAGAAUGAACAGAAACAAAGAACAAGUUCCAUUUGUAGUUACCCAGAAGAAUAUCUUACAUCCAAAGAUACCAUCUUGCGAAAACGAUACAACUCGGAAUCGAAAAAAGAUAGAAUAGACCCGUUACAAUCUAAAAAUUGGUGCCAUAAUGAUGUAAAUAGGGAAUCAGUGAUGGCAACAGAACUCGUACGAGCAACACCGAAAUUGGACUGUUACUCAUAUGAUGAAACGAACAAAUGUGACUUUCAAGCAUCAAGCGAAUACAUAGAUAUCAUUAAACGCAGUUCGGAAAACGUGUAUGCGCGCACUGAAGCUUUAGCCAACAAACAAACUAGUUUUAAAGUUAUGAAGCCACGAUUGUAAUAUUUACAUUCUAGAAUAUAAUACGACGCUGUUAUUGCUCUAAUAGUUGAUACUUAAAUGCACCAGA